AUGUCCUUCCAGAACAGCGCCUGUAACAUUUACCUAGACUCCGACCCCGGUGACACCGACAGAAAGACCUCCCUACAAGCAACCUGCAAUAAUGACCAAGGGACCGGCAUGACCAGCCAAAUUAAGCUUGACGAGGCUCUUGGAAACCAGGAUGGUCGAUUUAGCUGGAACGGACAGAAUUUCAGUAAUACCGCUCGCAAUGUCAGAUUGGGCAUGGAAGGACAACGAGAACCGGUGCUUCAUGCGGAGCUUCAGGAUAAUUCUGGGGAGUAUAGGGAGAGUGAGGCUCGGCUGGGUGAGCAUGUUGGGAAUAUUGAUGGGCAGCUGCGGUGGAAUAGUUGA